AAAAGUCUGACCGAUGGUGGUGAGGAGGUGAGACACAUAAUCAAGCGCUUCAUCCAGAGUAAACUGGAAAGGAGGCAACGUUUACGUGAUCAACUCCGAAAGGAAGUUGAUAAACAAGAAGGGCAUGACCACAUUGGGGCAGACCCCCCUGCUCUUCUGCCGAGACAGUUCAACCAGCUUCCUCCAAAGGUCAAUGAUGAAGAAGAGCUCUAAAGGAAGGUCAGGCUGUUGACAUCAGGCUAGAGUUGUUGAGCCGGGUUGACAUGUUGUCAAUCUUUAACCAGAUGACCUCGGAAGAGAAGCGCGAGUAUUUCCGGGUCCAAGCCCUCGUAUAUAAAUAUUGCUUAAUUUUCAAAUCCUAGAAAAUUAAAUAAUAAAAAAAAAUUCAAAACCUCGGGUCUGCAUAGUCGGGAUGGACCUUAGUGAAGAAGCUAUUCGGGUUCCCAAAUUUGUAUAUGCUGUCGUUUCUUCAAUCUGUGUGUCUGAAUCUCCCGAGAGAAGGACUCACUUGGAUCACCCUAAGCCCUACAUUUUUUUGCAAAUUCUUUUAUCAGGUACCUCUCCUCGUGGGAGUUGUAAUCCCAUGCCCAAAUCGGAUAGUGGGGCCGAAUAUGGCCAGAACAGCUAUUGUAGUCUAUCCAAAAACAGUGGGAAUCCAGACCCUUCGUCUUCAAAAACACUUUCUUCAAGAUCUAGUGAGACCAUUAUCAAGGAAAUUGAAGUGAAUAUCCUCAUGCCUGACCUGAAGACAGUACGAACUAAUGAGAACGAGCCAAUUGUUCCUAGUGCCCAGGGGCGGACUGGUACUGCUCCACACACCCUGGUUGUGGAUCAAAUGAGGGGGGAAGAUCAGGUAGGAUCUGCUGCGCGCUCAAAAGGGAAAGGAGUGGCUUAUUCUAAUGGAGGCCUGGAAGAGGUGGACCCAGAUAAGAAUUUUGAAGGGCACUUCCGCCGAAUAAAUAGGCAAGUUGUGCUGGACCUUCUUCUAGACAUUUCAAAAGAAGAAUAUUGGGAGGCACGUAAUCUUAUCUCGCCCAAAUUCUCUCCCAAAUUCAAGACAUCAGCUCCGGAUGGAUGUCGCAGUUUGAUGGCCAAGGAUGGGACUUAUGUGGCUGUUCACUAUGACUCCAUCAAGGCAGGUCUGCGUUUCCCCCUGCAUCCAUUUCUGGUGAAGGUGCUACUUCAUUACAACUUGGUCCCUGCAAUGAUCCCUCCUAACGGUCAUCGAUUGAUCACAUUGUUUCUUAUGGGCCAUGCGCUUCUGGGAAAAGAGCCAACAUUGGAGCUGUUUCAAUACAUGUUUAAUAUAUAUGAAGGGUUUGGUGAGCUAGAAGGCUUUGUACUAUUUCAAAGUAGACCUUAUCGCCGGAUGGUUGAGAAAAUUCCCAAGUCCAUCAAAAGUUGGAAGCGUAAGUAUUUCUUCGUAAAGUUGGAGCAAGAUGAAGUUGGGUUUGUGAACCAGUGGCCCUCCAAGGUUACUAAGGUCGCCAACCCCAGUAACUCAGAUGCCCUCGACAAAGAUGUGGCGGCUCUGAGGGCCUUACAGUUAGAUGGACUGAAUGGCAUCACACCCAAGAUCCUUUCAGAUCUGAAACUUGGCCCUCCAAUCCUGGAUCAGCUGGAUGGCAGUGGUUCAUCAGGCUCAGGUCUUCCGAUCUAUGUGGGGAUUGCUUCAUCUGGAGCUCAAGCACAAGGCUCACCACCUAUUCACAAUUUUCAAGGCAUUGCUGAAGCAGCUGAUCCUGCACCUCCUAAAGAUCAAGGGGCAUCCAGGUCCGCCAAGACUGAACCAGUGCCAUCUAUCGGGGCUCAAACAUCUACCCCUCAUGUUGAUACUUCUAACCCUUCAGUCAUUCUGUCUGGCUCAGCCAAGUUGGCCCAAGUCACAGCAAGCUUGAAGAGGAAAACCUUUUCUGCUAGUGGUGCUGCAAAGAAGAUAAGAUUCGGUCUCACUACCAAUCAUAGUUCCUCUGCCUCUCGUUUGAAGGAGAGGGUCAUUCAAUCCAGCAAGGUUUCCCCACAAGUAUUGGCCAAGAUCAUGUCUCGGAGGAAACCAAUCGGGCCUAUGGAGGGAGGAAGAGAGAAUAGAGUCAAACACGUUCCCGAUCCUGCUGGCAGUCCCUCUGUUCCUCCAACCCAAGUUAGCAAAGCAGAGCCUUAUGGUCCCAAUGAACCAGGCUUCAUCUUCGACCCAUCUACACAAGUCAAGACCAGCAGGCCUACUCACGAGGAGGUGGUAGCAGGAGCUAGAUCCGCUGAGGUAGCUCCACCUGUUACCUCAUCAGAGCCCCCCAGCUCUUCUGCUGAGCCAGUACAGCCAGCUUCCUCCAAAGGUCAACGAUGGAGAAAAGCUUUAAGGGAAGGUCAGGCUGUUGACAUCGGGCUAGAGUUUUUGAGCCGUGUUGACAUGUCAAUCUUUAACCGGAUGAGCUCAGAAGAAAACAAGCGCGAAUAUUUCCUGGUCCAAGCCCUCCAAAAUGCUGCUACCUCCACGAUUUUCAUAGAUCAGAAUGCCGAGCUGGAGGCUGAAUUGGAGGAGGCUCGCAAAAAAAUAUCAGCCCAGGCAGGUCAGCUGGAAGAAGCCAAAGAGAGCUUAUGGGCUGAGCAGGCGAAGACCAAGAAGUUGGAGAAACGGGUCUCUGAACUCGAGAAGGAUGUUGGGUCCCUGGCUCUGCUGGAGGACGUACAGAAGAGGUUCGGGGGAAUGGUGGUCUUAGCCAAGGUCCAGCAAGCAAAUCUGCACGGACUCCACCAAGAGUUAACUUCUCUUCGAUCUGCACACUCCGAACUCCAGCACUCCUGUGUGACUAAUGGUGUACUGUUAAAUCAUAGCUUGGCCCAGGUGGAGCAAGUAGAGAAGAGCUUCACCUCUGAGCUGGCCGAUGCUGAGGAUGAACUGCCUGGUCUUCCUGGGAAGAUCAUAGCUCUGCGGAAGGAGAGGACUAGGGCCAUUAACGAGGCAGCCAAGCUGCAAAGCAGCAAGGCGGAGCUCGAAGAGCGUGUCCGGGCUGAAUGCAGAACUAGCUUGCCCUUCCUUUUUGAAGUUAUCUCUCAAUUCUCGGUUAAUGAAGACGGCCAAGAGUUCGUAAUUGAUGCGGUCGAGUCCAACCCAGCUCUUCACAACAAGUUGGAGGAGAGUAGAGCUGAGGCGACUCUCCAGGGUAUGCGGAUGAUGCAGAAGACUAUCUAUGAACAAUUGGAGGUCGUUUGCCCUGGUUUUAAGGCUGGGGAGUGGGGUCUUCCAGAAGAGAUUGCGGAUUCGGAAAGUGAAGGACCUAGGAGCCGAGCUGGCACACCUCCACCUUCUUCUGCUUGACCUGGGCAGCAGACCUGCCUAUAAUUUCCCCAAAAGUGGUGAGAUUUACUGAGAUGGCUUUCCUUGAUAACAAUUCCUUUGUGGAUAACAUUGUUGAAUAGAUCUGGCAACAAUAGCGAUGAUUACGGAAAAAACAUCAUAAGAACAAUAAACGACCUCAAGCUGGACAGAGCAUUCAAAUUGGUAAAUGAUUCUUCAUUGUGAGGUUGUCCCUGAUGUUAUCAUAGUGAUUUUUAGUAUGUUUAUUGCUUGUGUCUGUUCGUAUAAGAAAAAUCUUACUUUGGAUUUUUAGUUGUUGAUUGGCAGAUUAAUGUGUAUAAACCAAACUCGACUGGUCUUACAAUUUUUUGUAACUCAUGUGAUAAACACUAAUUGUUUACCUUA